CCCACCAUCCAAUUUUUUGGUCUUCGACAUCGACGCAGCACCGCCUCACGUGGCUGACACCGCCACACCGCCCUCACCGCAGAUUUUAGGUGACCAAACGAAAAAAAAAUCCCGACGGCCGGGCUACGAAAACAGCGCGAACAGAACAACAACCGACAAAAGCACAACAAUGCGGCCAAUUGCUUCAUUUUUGAGCAGACCGGCUGCGACCGCGGUUCUAUGCGUGCGGUCAUUGCUGAACACUGCGCAGACGAGCAGGAUAGGCGGACGUAUAUACUCGACGGCUGUGCCCGACGUCAAGAAGAUCUCGAGCACAAUCCCAAUCCUGGAGCCUCCUCCCGGUGCGGUCAUGCCGAGCCGUGAGGAUCGGCCCUUGCCUGUGCUGUUUAACUCGCCAGAGGCAGCGCUUACGCGGAAACAGCUUCGAAAGCGCCCCGGCGUGCUUGCGAUUAAGAAGGGAAUGCAGUCUUACUUCACCGCAGACGGCAGGCAGAUUCCGGUCACGGUGCUGGUGGUCGACAGAGUGCAGGCCACGUGUAAUAGAACUGUGGCCCAGAAUGGGUACUAUGCGGUUGAAGUUGGAGCUGGCGCGAGAAAUCCUCGGAAUCUAACAAAGCCGGAGCUCGGCCACUUGACGAAGCUCGGCAUUCCGCCAAAGGCGAAGCUUGCGCAGUUCCGCGUCAAGGACGAGUCCGGCCUGCUGCCGGUCGGCACAAACAUCACCGUCGACUUUUUCCAGGAGGGCCAGUUCGUCGACAUCAAGGGUACCGGCAAGGGCAAAGGUUUCUCAGGUGUCAUGAAGCGUCACGGAUUCCACGGUCUGCCGGCGUCGCAUGGUGUCUCCGUCGCGCACAGAAGUGCCGGUUCGACCGGUGGAAGUCAGGACCCCGGUCGUGUUUUGAAGGGAAAGAAGAUGGCGGGUAGAAUGGGCGGCAAGUCGGUGACGACGCAGAACAUUCAGGUUGUCAAGAUCUUCCCCGAGAUUGGCGUCAUGUUUGUCAAGGGACCGGUGCCGGGACCGAAGGAGGCGUGGGUGAGAGUUCAGGAUGCGUUGAAGAAGGAGGGUGUUGUGGCACCCAUCAAAUAAGGGCGUCUUGUUUUGUAUAUACGAAUUAACAUGUUAAAAGUAAACAUAAGGCUAAAUCGAG